GAUGCCAUCAUUUCUAUACUGUUAAUCAGAAAAAGGAAAUUUUCUUGCUUUUUACAUUAACUUUAAUAACUACAACAAAGCUGUAAAUCUGCAGUUAUGGCUGAGAAUCUUAAUCCGACAAAGUUGGAAUACUAUGAAGAAAUGUGGAAGCUUCAAUCUAAUGCAACUCUCCUCUCUUCAUUCCAGGGUGAGGAUGGUAAACAAGUGUUAAUAUUGGACUCCACCAUUUUUCAUCCACAAGGCGGUGGCCAACCUGCAGAUACUGGUUUCAUUUUCAAUUCUGACUUCAAGUUUUCUGUUCAAGGCGUUCGAUCGAAGGACAAAAUAGUGUACCAUUAUGGUUUCUUCGAGAACUCUGAAAAUGCGGUGUUGGAAUCGAAAAUUGAAAAAGGAGCUGAAGUGUUAUUGCAGGUUGAUGGAGAAAGGCGAAAGCUCAAUUCCAGGUUACAUUCAGCUGGGCAUCUUCUGGAUGCAUGUACAGCAAUUGUGGGAUUAGGUCCUUUAGUGCCUGGCAAAGGUUACCACUUCCCUGAUGGGCCGUAUGUGGAAUAUAAAGGAACAGUUCCACAGAACGAAUUGCAGAGUAAGCAGCAGCAAUUAGAGCUAGAAGCUAACAACUUGAUUGCCAAGGGUGGGAAAGUUUUUGCUUCAGUUUUACCAUACAAUGAAGCUGCUGCGCUGUGCGAUGGCUGCCUCCCUGACUACAUCCCCAAGGGAAGCAAUCCUCGAAUUAUUAAGUUAGGAGAACAGCCUGGAUGUCCCUGUGGCGGCACACAUGUUUCUGACAUUUCAGAAAUAUUGGGCGUGAAGGUUUCUCAAAUUCGAGUGAAGAAGGGGAUGACUAAAGUUUUCUACAAUGUUGAGCCCUAGGAAACGUUGGUGGCCUACCAGUAGCUUUUGGAAUCUGAAGGUGACAUUGGUUAUUCAGAAGAUAAAUAUUGAAUAAUCAGGGAUGGCAUCAUUAUAAGUUCAGCUUAAGUGAGCAUUUUGCAAUGUCAGUAUUAACUGGGGGUAUUUAUUUGCUUGAUUAUAUUCAAGAACAGUUACGCUUGAACCAACUUGCUGGUCGGCAAUGUGCCUGGUCAAAUAAUACCACGACGUGCUUCAUUUCUCUUU